CUCGAUCCCAACAUUUGAUACGAUUGGAAUGCGUCUAUGGCUACACAAGCCUGCAGAGAGCUCAAGGCAUAUUCCAGAGUUCCUCCGAGCUUGUUCAGUCGAGUCCGCAUCCGUAGCCGCAGGCCGGCCAUAGUUUCUGCUUCCCCCCUUGCUUUCCGUUCUCCUGUUCUCCUCCAUUCCCACCCUCUUCCUGACCACUAGCCAUCUCCAUGCCGACCACACAAUCUAGCUGUACAAGCUGAGGAUGUAUCUGAAGGUGCGGGCGAGCAUUGCCCACGCACACCACCCCGUUAUAACCACGAUGAAUACGCGCAAGUACGCGAGGGUUUUUCUGACGUCGUCCGUGGCAGCCUUCAGGCUAUCGACACAUUGCGCGGUAACGGUGGCGGUAGCCUCGCGACAUCCAACAAGUACUUCGUGGACGUCCUUCGUAACGGUGUUGAGGGUCCUAUCGCUCUGUCUUGUGAGUACGUCGGCGUCCUGCUUCAAUUCUGUGGCGAUCAUGUUGAUGUCUUCUGUAAUCGCGUCGAGUGCUUUCUCCACAGGUGCAACCAGUGGAGCGAUGUCGACUAAGGUUGCCCAAGACAUGGUGGCCUGAAACACUGUUUUGUUGUCACCAAAGAGAGCUACUAGUGGUACGAGUACUUACUAUCCUCAGCUUCAAAUAUGCCUGAGCCUCCUUGCUAAACGAGCACGCUGAUCAGCUGCCCACUCAUCUCACUGCUGGGAGAGUUUCAUGAACCCUGCUUCGCGAAACGUCUCUGACAUCUGUCCAAAUUCAACG